AUGGUCAACUCCUGUUGUGGCUCCGUCUGCUCUGACCAGGGCUGUGGCCAAGGCUGCUGCCAGGAGACCUGCUGCCGCCCCAGCUGCUGCCAGACCACCUGCUGCAGGACUACCUGCUACCGCCCCAGCUGCUGUGUGUCCAGCUGCUGCCGCCCCAGCUGCUGUGGUUCCAGCUGCUGCAGGCCCACCUGCUGCAUCUCCAGCUGCUGCCAGCCCUGCUGCCGCCCCACCUGCUGCAGGCCCACCUGCUGCAUCUCCAGCUGCUGCCAGCCCUGCUGCCGCCCCAGUUGCUGUGGCUCCAGCUGCUGCAGGCCCACCUGCUGCCAGACCUGCUGCCGCCCCUCCUGUUGUGGCUCCAGCUGCUGCAGGCCCACCUGCUGCAUCUCCAGCUGCUGCCGCCCCACCUGCUGUGGCUCCAGCUGCUGCCGCCCCACCUGCUGUGGCUCCAGCUGCUGCCGCCCCUCCUGCUGCCAGACCACCUGCUGCCGCCCAGUCUGCUCUAGUGGUUCUUGCUGCUGA